GUCAGGGAUAAUCAAACCAUCGUUACAGAAUUAAUUCUUCUAGGAUUUGGUGAUUUCCAGCAUCUGGACAUGGUCCUCUUUCUGCUGUUUCUAGUGAUUUAUAUCUUUAGCAUGGUUGGGAACAUUCUCAUCAUAGCUCUUGUUGUGUUAAACCAUAACCUUCACACCCCCAUGUAUUUUUUCCUUGGGAAUCUGUCCUGCUUGGAGACUUUCUACACGUCGACCAUCUUGCCCAAAGUUCUCGUCAGCUUACUGACUGGAGAGAAAGCCAUUUCCAUUCCGGGCUGCAUUGCCCAAUUCUAUUUCUUUGCUGCACUGGUAGGUACAGAAUGUGGCCUCCUAGCCGUGAUGUCUUAUGACAGGUACACAGCAAUAUGCAAACCAUUACAUUAUGCGACACUGAUGAAUAUGAAGGCCUGCCUGUACAUGGCAUCUGGGUCAUGGAUUAAUGGAUUUCUGGCCAUGUCUGUAAUGAUGUAUCUGAUGACAAGGUUGACAUUCUGCGGCCCAAAUGAAAUUGACCAUUUCUUUUGCGACCUUACCCCUGUAGCAAGAAUCUCCUGCAGUGAAACACAAAGAUUUGAACUGAUGGGGUGCAUAUUCUCAACCAUCUUCACCCUGCCUCCCUUUUUAUUGACGCUAACAUCAUACACAUUCAUCAUCAUUGCCAUUCUGAAGAUCCCAUCGGCCACUGGCAGGAAAAAGGCCUUCUCCACAUGUUCUUCUCACCUUCUUGUAGUUACAAUCUAUUAUGGGACUUUAUUCACUGUCUAUGUGCUCCCAAAUACUGAAAAUACAAGGAAGCUCAACAAAGUGUUUUCUGUUUUUUACACCAUUCUAACACCCUUGGUCAAUCCCCUCAUAUACAGUCUGAGGAACAGAGAGGUGAAAGAGGCCCUUAGGAAAUCUAUUGGUAAACUGAUGCAUGGCAUAAGACCACAGGAAUUCAAGGCCUUUUCUUUAGAGUAG